AUGGAUAACGACCGUCGACCGACCCUCCACCGUGGAGGACGCUCCGGCACGCCUCUCCUCUUCAAAGCCGACGACCACAUGAACGACAUGGACUCCAAACGGUCCUCUCACUCGGGCGCUUCGUCUCCAACGGCACGACUCACCCCCAAUACAGACGACACCGAAGCCGGUCCGCAUGAGCCCAUGACGGCGUCCGCUGCCCAUCACGCCCCCUUCAGCCGGCAGUCCACGAUGCAUUCCCGCAAUCCCACGAGCGCCCUCCAAGCCGCCAAGGCUUCCGCCCGCAAGAAAUACCUCUUCGCUGCCUUCUUCUUGUCCAUUUCGCUCGUGGCCUUUUGCGUGCAAACCGAGCUGUCUGCCUAUAUCCAGCACGAUUUGGCUUGGGGCAAGGCGUACUGCAUGAUGUUCUUGACGCACAGUUCGUGGAUCGUCUUGUGGCCGUGUACGAUUCUAGUUUUGCGACUGCAGAAACGUCACGAACCCUGGGACCAAUUCUGGCGGAAACACCUGCAAGUGGUCCUCUCGACCGUCACCAUGAUUGAAUUGCAGACCAUCAACGUCGUCACCACACCGUCGGUUGCCCGACGUGGAAGGCCAGUCAUGUACCUCGCCCGAAUGACGAUAUACAUCACCUCAGCUUUGACAGUCGCCGGACUAAGCUGGUACAUUGCCGUCAGUCUCACAACCCCCUCCGACCUAACGGCCAUCUACAAUUGCAGCGCCUUCUUCGCAUACGCCUUCUCCGUGCCCAUCCUCAAAGAACCCCUCCGCAUGGACAAAUCCAUCGCCGUCCUCAUCGCCAUCCUCGGAGUCCUGGUAGUAGCCUACGGCGACACAGGCUCCCCCGACGAAGCCACCUCCUCCGCCUCUGGGCCCUCCGACCCCGGCGCAGGCUCCCGCUUUGCAGGCAACCUCAUCAUCGGCGUCGGCUCCGUCCUCUACGGCCUCUACGAAGUCCUCUACAAGCGCUAUGCCUGUCCGCCCGAGGGUGUAUCCGCCGUCCGCGGCACCAUCUUCGCCAACGUAUUCGGCAGCUGCAUCGGCUUCUUCACCCUCACCGUGCUAUGGAUCCCGCUCCCCUUCCUGCACUGGCUCAACAUUGAGCGCUUCGAAAUCCCCAGCGCGUCAACAUGCUGGCUCAUCCUCAUUGCUGUGUUUUCCAACGCCAUUUUCAGCGGCUGCUUCUUGGUUCUCAUAUCGCUAACCUCGCCUGUCUUGUCGAGCGUCGCAGCCCUGUUGACCAUUUUCAUCGUCGCUAUUGCGGAUUGGUUCUUGACGGGCCAGCCGUUGAGCUGGGCGGCCAUUGUGGGCGGGAGCAUGAUUAUCGUGGCGUUCGGGGCUCUGAGCUGGAGUACCUACCGGGAGAUGAUGGAGCAUGAGGCGCAUAAGUUGGCCGUAGAUUUGACGGAUGAUGAGGAGUCGGAUAUGAAUAGCGAUAGUGAUGACGAUUAA